AUGACAAAAUUUCCAUUUUUGAUGUGGUUCAGUUUAAUAUUUCAAUGUCAAUGUUUACCCACAAAUUUCUUAACAAAACAAUCUUCAAAUAUCAGAGAUGAGAAGUUUAAAUUAAUUCUUUUACAUAAUAACGACAUGCAUGCACGAUUUGAAGAAACUGGAUUGUCAAGUGACCGAUGUAAGAAAGCCGAACAUAACAAACAUUUAUGCUUUGGCGGGUUUGCUCGUGUUGCUUCUAAAGUUAAAGAAUAUCGAAGCUUGUCGAUGGAUGGAAAAAUCCCCAACGUGUUGUUUCUAAAUGCUGGUGACACUUACACUGGAUCUACUUGGUUUUCAACCUACAAAGAUGUCAUAUCGGCAGAUUUCUUGAACAUUUUAAAACCUGAUGUCAUGUCACUGGGAAAUCACGAAUUCGACGAAGGAACUGAAAAUCUUUCACAAUUUCUACAGAAACUAAAAUUUCCAGUCGUUGCAGCGAAUGUCAUCACAUCAAUGGACUCAAACAUGUUUCCAGGACUUUUUCAACCAUCGCAAGUUAUUGAAAUUGAAAAGUAUAAAAUUGGCGUUAUCGGAUAUGUUACGCCAAAAACAAAGCAAAUUUCCCCGUUAAACAAUAUUUCGUUCAUUGAUGAGAUUUCUGCUAUCAAUGAUGAAGCUGUCAGAUUAAAAUCCAAAGAUGUGAAUAUUAUAAUAGCAUUGGGUCAUUCAGGAAUUGAUAUGGAUAAGAAAAUUGCAGCUCAGUGUGAACAUGUUGAUGUGGUUGUUGGUGGUCAUAGUGAUGAUCGAUUUUAUAAAACUUUAAUCCAUUCAGCUCACACAUUCUUGUACACUGGUGCAGCUCCAAGCAAAGAGAUACCUGAAGGACCGUAUCCAACUGUAGUAAUCAAUGAAAUUACAGGAAGACAAGUGCCAGUUGUUCAAGCUUACGCAUUUACCAAAUAUCUCGGAUAUCUUGAAUUGGAAUUCGAUGGAUUUGGAAAUUUAAUUGAAUUUAAUGGAUCGCCAAUUCUUCUUGAUGAAAAUGUGGAACAAGAUUCUGAAGUUUUAAAUUUACUCGAUGUUUACCGACAAGGAAUUAAAGAGUUUGAAGUCAUUGGAAGGACUGAAGUUUUUCUCGAUGGAAAAUGUCGAAUUAAAGAAUGUAAUUUGGGAAAUUUCAUCACUGAUGGGUUUGUGGAUUGGUUUUCAUCAGAAUCGAGUAUUGAUCAUGACGAUGUCGUUGCCAUUCUCGGUAGUGGUGCAAUCAGAUCGUCAAUUGAUCACGAACCAAAUGCUGGGAUAAUCGACGAAGGUGAUAUUGAAUUGACGAUGCCAUUCAACGAUAAUUUAACUCUUCUUGAAGUUACUGGUGAAGAUUUGUUGCAAGCUUUCGAGAAUUCUGUUCAUCGAUUUCUGGAAUUUGACAAACCUGGCGAGUUCUUGCAAGUUUCAGGUAUUCAAGUGACUUACAAUCUCAAUAAUCCAUCAGGUCAAAGAGUUGCAAGCCUCAAAGUUCGAUGCAAAUCAUGCCAGAAUUUCGAUUUCCAUGAAGUCGACUUGAAGAAGUCUUACGAAAUCUUGACAAGCUAUUUCAUUGGAAAAGGCAGUGACGGAUUCGAAAUGUUCAAAGGAAAAAUAAAGAAAAUCUUCACCAAAACUUAUCGUGACUCGUUAAUAGAUUUUCUAAGGAAAAAAUCUCCAAUUGCACCUGUGAUUGAAGGAAGAAUAAAAUUUAUCAGAUAA